UCACGGAUGGGUCGAGUGUCUGUGUGUAGUGGUCUAUAGAGUGUGUACGGUUACCUACUCUCUUAUUAAUGAGGGGGUCGAUCGUUUCUCAUCUUACUGUUCUGUGAAGCAGGUUUCUUAGUGAUGUAUCUACAAUAUUCAAGGAGUUGGCGGAGCAGAAAUUACAUGAAAGUGCCUGGUACAACAGCUGAUCUAAAACGUGUGGUGGGGCAGAACUUCUAUGCUCAUGAGUUAUGAUGCCGUCAACGUUGGUGGAGACCGUCUCUCUGAAUUAUGAAGACUUCAAUGACAGCUUCCUCACCUGCGGCACCUGCCUGUGUAUGUACGACGGGGUGGAGCACCAUCCCAAACUGCUACCCUGCUCCCACACGGUGUGCCGCGGCUGUCUAGAGCGCAUCAUCGCCGCCCAGACGCUAGACACCGGCUCGUUCCGCUGCCCGAUAUGCCGGGAGGUGAUCACCCUGCCGCAGGGCGGAGUCGUGGCCUUCCCCGCCAGCUUCCUUGUCAACCAGCUUCUUGACCUGAUGGCCAGCCAGCGGCGCGACAUCAUCCCCAAGUGCUCUGUCCAUUCCAACCAGGAACUGCUGUUCUGCGAGACCUGUGAUAUCGUCUUCUGCGUUCUGUGCACGGACGGUAACCAUAACGACCGCGGUGCCAGUGAGCACACGGUGAUCCCGUUCGCUAUCGCCAUCAAGAGGAUGUCUGAGAUCCUGCUGUACAAGGCACACCUGUGCAUCAAGAACCUGAACAAUGCCUACGAGAAUGUCUCUGAGGAGCUACGACGCCUCGAGCACUCGGUCGACCGCACCCUUGACCAGAUCAACCGGUCCUUCCAGGACGUCGUCAUGGUGAUCGACAAGCGGCGCCAUGAGUGCCUGCAGUGGGUGCGGAAGAUCCGCGAGGAGAAGAAGACGAUCCUGAAGGAGCAGCUCGACCUGAUCCAGGCAGAGAAGGAGCGCGUGCAGCAGGAGUGCGACGGGCUGCAGUACCAGGUGGAGGUGCGAAACAUCACCAAGAAGAUAGGGGACCUCAACGAGAAGCUCGACACCACCAGCACACUGGCCGAGCCGCGCGAGAACUCCUUCAUCAGGUACGAGUACAAGCACAACGAGGCGCUGAAGGAGAUCGCGCGGGCCGUCGGGAAAUAUGGGCAGAUCAAGGUGAGCACAACGUUCCCGGCUCUGUCGACGGCCAAGAUCGGCGAGGCGACGUCUCACCUCCGGUCCAGCGCCCGAGUCUCCACAGUCGAUUACCACGGCAACCCACGUUCUAGUGGAUCAGAUCCGGUGACGGCAGAGCUGCGUACAGACGCCGGGGAGAUGGUCGAGACUAAGAUCAAAGACAAUGACGAUGGAACGUACGAUAUAAUCUUUGUUCCGCCCAAGUCUGGCGACAUGAAACUAUGCAUCAGUAUUUUCUGUAGGCCAAUCAAAGGGAGUCCCUUCAGGGUGCAGGUCACCGAUCAUAUAAAUUCCGUCUGGAAGUUCGGAUCUCGUGGAACUGGGAUUCUGAAUCUCGUGCAGCCUGUGCGUGUAUCGGCCGACACGGGGGGCUGUGUUUACAUUCUCGAUACAGGCAAUAGCCGGAUUGUUGUUCUCGGGCCCGGGGGCGAAGUUAUACGACACAUCGGCCCUGCGGGGCUGGAGCAGCAGAGUGCCACGGGACUGUGCACAACGCCGGACGGCAAUCUGGCUGUGAUAAACUGGCGGACGAAGUUCGUGUCCAUCAUGACCACCGAGGGCGAUCUAGUCAAGAAGUUCACCACGCAGGACUUCAUCGAGCCGAUCGACAUCGCCGUCAACAGCCGCGGCGACAUCAUCGUCGCGGACAGCAGCGCGGGCAAGGUGUUCAUCUUCGACCCCUCGGGAAUCCUCAUGACCACGUUCGGAAGCAAGGGAGAGAAGGACGGCCAGUUCAAACUGAUCUCCGCAUUGACCGUGGGAAAAUGCGACGAGAUCCUCGUCACCGACCACCGAGUCCAGAUCUUCAGUCGAGACGGGAAGUUCUCGCGCAGACUCCCUGACACCGGGAAGGGCCAAUACGGCGGGAUUACUGUGGACGCCGGCGGCCACAUUCUCGCGACGAAGAUGGAGAAGGGGAAGGGGUUCGUGCAGGUGAUGAAUUCCAGCGGGAAGCUCCUCUUCUGUAUUGACAGCUACGACAGCAAGUUGAAACGCCCCAGCGGAUUGGUCGCGGCGCUCGAUUUCCAUAUAGUGGUCGUAGACCUCGGGAAUGACUGCAUUAAGAAAUUUCGAUAUAAAUAGAAAGGAAACCUGCUUCCGCACAGUUUCAGGACAAAUCCACUUCCUCUUCCUGUGAGGAGACUCCAACAGUGGAUUGCCAGUUUACUUAUCACGAGGAAAAACUAUAUAUAUAUAUAUCUACAAGAUAAACGGACAAGCCGAUCUCAAGACUGAGCAGAAAACCAAAGACAAUAUUUAUUAUACGUCUGUGACAUGCCUGUAUUAUAUAACACAUUUACUGUAUGAUAUACCAGCAUUUCUGCCAGAGAGACAUUUUUGGGUAUGGCACUAUGGAAUUGAAUGCAAUCACAAUUAUGUGGGGCCUACCCUAAAAAGAAAAUGGGUUAAGUUUAGGGUUAGGGUUAAAAAAAUCAUACAGUAAUGAUAAGAGUAAUUUUUUUUUUAAAGUUAACUUCAAAAAAAAAUCUGCACAAAUAUUUGGGUAUUGUGCCAUACCUGUUUUACCCUCUGGUAGAAAGCCUGGUGUGAUACGUGUAUUAGAAGUAUACCUUUCCCAUAGAAACACCGCAAGUUGCUUCUCACUGUCAUGAUAAGAUGGAAAAAUCAAAAAGAAAUUUAAGAUGGCUUUGUCAGGAUAGAUCGGUGUUUCACCCAGGAUUUACUUUUAUGAGCAUCUGAAGUGUGCAAAUUGACAUUCAAAGUGUACAAAUUCAGCACCUGAAGUGUGCAAGUUCAGCAUCUUGAGUGCAAAUUGAGCAUCUUGAGUGUGCAAAAUAAGUAUAUGGGGUGCUGAUUGAGCAUUCAGAGUGUGCAAAUUGAGCAUCUGAAGUGUGCAAGUUGAGCAUCCAGGGUAUGCAAUUUAAGUCCAUGAAGUGUGCAAAUUGACUAUUCAAACAGGACACAGUUAGCACCUAAAGGAUGCCAACUAAGCACCAGAAAUGUACAAGAGUAGGGAUCUUCUUCUUAAUGAACUUUUCAUCUCUAUACUAAGCUAAUAGUUCUGGUGUAUAAUGCCACAAGGGGUGUUUGUUACAGCGACAGCCCCCAGGGUCGACCAAGACCUGGUGGAAACACUAGUAGAACACACACCAUGGUAUCAGAAUUUUCACAUGUUGAAUUUUCAUGCGCUAUUAUAACAUUCAGAAAGAAGGUUUUUUAAAUUUUUCAGAAAGGUUUUUCAUUUUUCUGAAAGGUGGAUUUUUUUUUACAUUUUAAUUAAACCAUUUUACACUGAAAUACACAAAUUUAUCUUUACCUCAGUUUUUAUCAGCUAUUUUUGCCCGACAGUAAAUGUUUUCUGGGCUCAUUUAUAUUUGCUAAUUUCUUUAGGUAUUGAUAUUUGUCAGCGAAAUGCAAUGUUUUUGGCUAUUACAGCUAAUUUAACAUAUACAUUACUUAAACAUUUUGAUUAAAUGUGACCUUAUAUGGGAAAACCAGACCAACAUCACUGAUAGGAACUGUGGAAUAAUGUCUUUUUUAAGUAAUAUAGUCGUUUGGAAAAUGAUGUAAAUAUGCUGAAAAGAAAUAAUGGAACACCAGGCAUGGUGCUUAUAAAACUUUUAGAGUCUAGACGCGGUUAACUUUCUGAUACAAUGGAUGAGAGUUCUGAUACAAGUCAAUAUUUGAUGUUAAUAUUUAGGUAUUCACUUAUUUCUUUUCAUCAAAAUACAAAAUAAUAUCUUUACUUUACUUUACCAAAAAUAUAAGGACUACGGAUAUUGUGAAAGAUGUUAAAUAGGGGACAAUAUUUCAAAAUCUUAGGUAACCGAAAGUCAGUUCACAUGAGUUUUAUUUAGGUAACCGAUUGUUCGGUUACGUGAAUAUAGUUCUCGUAACCUAUAAGUUAGGCCUACCUA